GAGGCGGGGUUAAUAUAUAACGAGGGCAGGGCCACAAGCUCUGCGUCAAAGCGUCCACACGCUGUUCGUCGUUCUUGACAGCAAAAUGGCGACGGUUGAGUACGACGGGAUUGCGGAUCCGGAGAUGGACUCGCUCAGCGAUGAGGAACUAGAAAGGGAAGCCGAGGGAUACAAAGAGCAGGGAAAUGCAUAUUACGUUAAGAAGGACUACUCUGAAGCAUUCAACUACUACACCAAGGCUAUUGACAUGUGCCCAAAGAACGCCAGUUACUAUGGUAACCGUGCAGCUACACUGAUGAUGCUGAGUCGCUACAGGGAGGCCCUGGAGGACUCCCAACAAGCCGUGCGGCUAGACGACACCUUCACGAAGGGUCACUUACGGGAGGGCAAAUGCCACCUGUUGCUCGGAAAUGCCAUGGCUGCCAGCCGCUGUUUCCAGAAGGUUCUAGAGUUGGAGCCAGACAACAGCCAGGCUCAACAAGAACUAAAGAACGCCGAGUCCAUUCUGGAGUACGAGCGCAUGGCUGAGAUCGGCUUUGACAAACGCGACUUCAGAAUGGUGGUGUUCUGUAUGGAUCGAGCGCUGGAGUCGGCCUCUGCGUGUCAUAGAUUUAAGGUGCUGAAGGCAGAAUGCCUGGCGCUGCUUGGACGCUACCCAGAAGCCCAGUCUGUUGCCAGCGAUAUCUUACGGAUAGACUCUACUAACGGUGACGCCUUAUAUGUGAGGGGUUUGUGUUUAUAUUAUGAAGACUGUAUUGAUAAGGCGGUACAGUUCUUUGUUCAGGCACUACGCAUGGCACCGGACCAUGAGAAGGCUCGUCUGGCUUGCAGAAAUGCCAAAGCUCUGAAGGCUAAGAAGGAUGAAGGGAACCAGGCGUUUAAAGAGGGCAGAUAUGAGGAGGCUUGUGAGCUCUAUUCUGAGGCCUUGACCAUCGAUCCCAACAACAUCAAAACCAACGCUAAGCUUUACUGCAACCGGGCCACCGUCGGCUCCAAGUUAAAGAAGCUGGAGCAGGCCAUAGAAGACUGCACAAAAGCCAUUAAGCUGGAUGAAUCCUAUAUUAAAGCAUACUUACGAAGAGCCCAGUGUUAUAUGGACACAGAACAGUAUGAAGAAGCUGUGAGGGACUAUGAGAAAGUCUAUCAGACAGAGAAAACUAAAGAACAUAAGACUUUAUUGAAGAACGCUCAGCUGGAGCUAAAGAAGAGUAAACGAAAAGAUUACUAUAAAGUUCUUGGAGUGGACAAAAAUGCUACAGAAGAUGAGAUCAAGAAGGCUUACCGCAAACGGGCACUUAUGCACCAUCCAGAUCGGCACAGUGGUGCCAGUGCCGAGGUACAGAAGGAGGAGGAAAAGAAGUUUAAAGAAGUGGGUGAGGCCUUCACCGUGCUCUCAGACCCCAAAAAGAAAUCUCGUUAUGACAGCGGCCAUGAUCUGGAGGACGACGAUAUGAACAUGGAUUUUGAUGCCAACAACAUUUUCAAAGCGUUCUUCGGUGGCCCCAGUGGCUUCAGUUUCGAAGCGUCUGGACCUGGAAAUUUCUUUUUCCAGUUUGGCUAACUGUCCAUCGUCCCGCAUGUUUGCAGCAGACCCACACGGCCUCAAGAACCGACCCCAAUACAGACUUUCACCCGCCCCCUCAUUCACAUUACAUACACACACGAUCCCCUAUACAACUGCAUGUUGUACUGCAGUGUGAAGGGUCUAAGACCAGCAUAUGGUCAUUCUGUAAACAGCAAUUUUAAAAACACAGAGUCCAGCAAUCCUCUCUGACCACACCUUACAAUUGUAAUUUUGUUUUUCCUCACAGCAACAUCGUGAACAGCUGCACCCAUGUUUCCGUAUUGAUUUUCUUUGAAUUAAAAAUGUCCCCAGUUAAUUAACCACUGUAGAAAAAUAGCUUUCCCCAGUUUUUUGUUGUUGUGGAACAAAGAUUGGGUUCUCAGAAUGUUGAAGGUGCUACAGCAUAUGAUUUUGCAGCAUUCAUUUCAUAAAUGCAGGAGUCGUGCAUUUCUUCUGUUCUUGCACCACAUUAUGUCAAAGUGCCAGUUUUGACCACAGUUUCUGCUUUGGGCUUUGUGAUGCCGGUAAGAAGAAAUGUAUAACAAGUACCUCGCCUCCAAAUGUACAAAAAUGCUCCCAUAGUAAAUGUUUGACUUGUUUUUAAUCUUCUCAAUUCUGAUACCAUUUAUAAAUACUAUUAUUAAAAAUAGUUUUAUAAAACAUUCUACAACUAGUUGAGCUAAAGUCCCCCAGCUUGUUAAAUUGCUGCCUGCACAAGUGCAGAGUACAAGUCUGUUGUUCCGGUGCCCUCCAGUGAUUCCCGCCAAACACACACAGUUCUUUAUUUCAAAAUCACCAUUCAAUCGUUGCUGCAUUGUACAUUUUACUGGAAUGUAAAGUGUUUCUCUUCGUGUUGAUAGUUGAUGAAUUUUUUUUUUAAAAUAUAAAAUGUAUUCAUUUUUUGAUAUCAAUAUUUAUUGUAAAUUCUCAAGCCAGACGUGAGCCGUGGAGAUGGUGUGAAUGUUCAUUAGCUACACGAGGAUCUUAGCGAUCUGUGAGAGCCCUGCACUUAGUUUUGCUGAGCCUGAUUAAAGCUUACAGCUUCUCACAGCUAUCUUUGUACGAGUUGUUGGAGGACCUGAGUGCAAAUCCCUGCAGUGCCAUCAAAUGGGAUUCUUUUGCUUCCAGCAUGACGAGUCAGAAACCAGUACAGUUUUCCAUGCUCAGUACGCAUGAUUCAGUGUAGUCCCAGGUUUAGUAGGCGUGUAAGAGCAAGGUGGAGACUGUGCUAGGGUUUGCAGAACCUGGUUCUAAGACUAUGUUCAUAACCUCAUAUUAAGUGUUGUUUUGGAUGUAGUCUGUAUCCUUUUUGGAAACUGGAAUUCUGGAUGUUUAAUGUUUAACCCUGCAUGUAUACAUUUUUUUUUCUUUGGCCUUUUACUGUAAACUAAGUAACUGUACAAAGAAGCCUCGUAUAGUUUGUAUACUUAGCAGAAUUAGACUUUGGGUUCUUGAAACGUCGCCUACAGCUUAAAUUACACGUGUUAAAAUGACUCAUGUUGCCUGUCCUACGAUCCUCAAGAGUGCAAUCAGAAGAGAAACGUUCACAUUGCUCUGGCUAAUGCUAAAAGAACAGUCUUGACUUUGGACCGGGAUUUUUUAUUUUAUUUUAUUUUUUCUUUCUUUUUUUAAAUAAUUAACUAUGUAAAUAAACUUAGCCUGUUUUCUGUUUCUCCCCA